AUGACCUCACGCCCGUCGACGGUUCCACUGCGACUACCAAAUAUCCCCACGAGCAGAGAGUUGAUCGCGGCCAAGCGAAGAGAAUACCUCGCGUUGUGCGAGAUCGCGCAGGAUAGUGCGCAACUGUUGCAGUAUCUGAGUACGACGGCGGAGCAGCAGUCUCUUAUGACAGAUGGGGGCGCCGGUGAGUUAAAAUUACCAUCCUCGUUCCAAAAAGCUGAAGAGUCGGCGAGACGAAACGGCGGCGGUGAGCCAUCGGAGACGACCUCCGGUGACACCGACGACAAAAAAGUGCUCCUCCGAGUCGAACUCGACGAACCCCAGGCCUAG